UCACUGCUGUCUGUGAAGGGAUAAAACAGCAGUGAAUUUCAAAAUGCAUUUUUGAUCAAUAAAAUGUGUAAAAACAGAAUAAAUAAAAAAUCCUAGUGUUUUCAUGUAAAAACAUUUUAUCAGAAGUGUUCCAGCUGACAGAUUUCACAAUAAUGCACAGCUACAGAGAACAAACCAACUUCCUGGACUGUCAAUAUGCAUUUUCUCAAUUUAUUUCUUUUGUACAUAAAAUAUGAAGCAGCAUUACUUAUUGCACAUAGCAUUAAAAGUAGAAGAAGAUGAAUACGCACCAGAAAGGUGAUUGAUAAAAUCACUAAUGCAAUGUUUCGGUAAUAUGUGGCAGGUAUAAAGGAGGAAGCUGAAGAGCAACCUUGAACAGCCGAUCACAGGCUCUGUGCUCUCUUCCUAUUUUAGAUGUACGUUGUCGUUUGUGACUUAUUUCCUGCACACCCUGCCCAUGUGCUCCGCUGCAACAUUUUACUGAGCAAUACACAGAAAAAAAAGAGAGCAGACUUCCUGUCAUUUUAACUGCACAUUCACAAAGUCAGUUGAGUCAUUAAGAUGCGUCACUCAGACAGUUUUAAGAGUAAAAACGUGCACUAUGACAAGAAAGUUAAGGUGAUGGGCCACAUACAUACUUUUGUCAAAACUAUAUGAAUACUGUAUGAGUAGGAGAGUAAGCCCAUGUCUUUUAUCCUCUUGUGGGUUUCUAAACUGGUUUGUCAAGCUUUGUUUCAUUCAGUGGGUCCAGGUGUGUUCAAAGGGAUGCAUGGAAACCACUUUGAGAUUUUAUAAUAUUCAUAUUUUGCCUUUUAUAGCAUGAAGCUCUAGUAUUUUAUUAAUUUCAUUCAGAUUAAGCAAGUGCAAACAGGUUCACCCUUCACCUCUCAGACAAAAAACUAAUUUUCCAGUCAAAGCCACAGAUAUUUGAAUGGUUUGAAAACAGUUUUGCAUGUCUGGAUUGUCAUGGAAACACACAAAUGAUACCUCAAGUUAACACUACCACACACCUAAUAUAUGUAAGCACAUAAAGAUAUUGAUGUGAAUUGUGAUAAGUCUGGGAAAACUCUAAGCGUUUUCUGAGCCCUGCAACAGGUCUAUUUUUGAGAAAAUGUGGUCUAAACGAGAAUCUUUUGUCAAGUUACAUUAAACUCAGGUGCCUGUGAAGGGAGGAGCAUGAUGACAGAUGAUUUGGUUGGCUUUGAACAUCAGCAGAGAGUUCGAGAACCACCUUUCAGUUGGUCAGCUACAAUGUUUGCGAAGUAUACAAAGAACUAUAGUUUAUUUACUAUGUACAUAGCCACUGUAUGAUUUCAUCUGUUCAUCCACUACUCAAUAAAAAGAUUUAACCGCACCUGAGCAAAAUAUCCACAACAUCUCAAGAUGGAUAAGUUUCGUAUGAUGUUCCAGUUUCUCCAAUCCAACCAGGAGUCUUUUAUGAAUGGGAUCUGUGGUAUCAUGGCACUGGCUAGUGCCCAGAUGUACUCUGCCUUUGAGUUCAACUGCCCAUGUAUGCCAGAAUACAACUACACCUAUGGGAUUGGACUGCUCAUUAUUCCUCCUAUUUGGUUCUUUCUGUUAGGUUUUGUAUUGAACAACAAUGUGUCAGUGCUCGCUGAGGAGUGGAGAAGACCCACAGGGAGACGAACGAAGGAUCCAACAAUCCUGCGCUACAUGUUUUGUUCAAUCACACAGAGAUCCUUGAUAGCACCUGCAGUGUGGGUGUCUGUCACACUCAUGGAUGGGAAGAGCUUCCUCUGUGCCUUCAGCAUCAACUUGGAUAUUGACAGGUUUGGGAAUACCAGUCUUGUUAAGGGGAUGUCUGAGAUGGAGAGGAUAAAACUGCUGGCGAGGAUUCCAUGCAAGGAGUUAUUUGAGCACCAGGAAAUAAGAGCGGCAGCGUCACGAUACAUCAAGUGUAUAUCACAGGCAUGUGGUUGGAUGUUUUUGCUCAUGAUGACCUUCACUGCCUUUCUGAUCCGAGCUAUUCGACCAUGCUUCACCCAGGCGGCCUUCCUCAAAACCAAGUACUGGUCUCAUUACAUCGACAUCGAGCGCAAGAUGUUUGAUGAGACCUGCAAGGAGCAUGCUAAGAGCUUUGCCAAAGUUUGCAUCCACCAGUACUUCGAGAACAUUAGUGGAGAGAUGCGAAGCUUCCACUACCGCCGCUCCAGCAGGGAUGGGAGCGACGAUGACAGCGAAGACAAGAAAAGCGAUGAAGAAAAGCUCCUGGGUAUCAGGGCCCAGGACGAUAUGAACAAAGUUUUGUGGAAUUGGCACACCUGUAAGCCAGCUCUGGCCCUGAGAAAGGACGAAAUAGAUGGUGAAAACAAUGGCCGACUGAAUGGAAACAUCAACGGAGCAGUUAAUGGGUUUGCAAAGGGACACACCCAUGAAGUGGAGAAAAAGGAAUGGGCUGUGUAUUAUAGUAAGGUCUGACGAGUUCAAAGAGAAAAACAAAAGCUCAGCUAUCAGACAGUCACUGGGUUUAAGAGAUGAAGGAAUUGCUUUGUUCCAGAAACUAUUAUAUUAGAAUCUGUAACAGUUAUUUGAUUUCAGGUUAAAUCUAAACUUUCAUUUCAACGUGCAAAACAUUUUAUGAAUACAUAUAAAGAGUGCAAUAUGGAUUUUUGACUGAUCAUAUCUUACCUCAGCUCAUAGCUAUAACUACUAAUAUUUUAACAUAAUUCCCAUGAAGUAGUAAGAAAAACAGAGACUGUCAACAUAUUUCUGGUUCAAAUACAGUUCAGCGAACUCAGCAGAUGUCUGGUCCUGGGUGUAGCCCAAAACCUGCUGUUUUUAUGUUUGUCUCAACAUUGUUUUAUGUAUUCUUAAUGAAUUAUUGUUGUAAAUGCACUCUGCCAUUGCUCUCAAAGGGGCCAAGCUUGGCAAAAACCCAGAGUCUGUAAAUUCUAGGCUUCUAAUAAGAGCUGCUGCGUCAGAAUGAUAGUAAAGCAUUAUUAUGGCACAAUGGGGAGUUCUCACUGAUAACAACACUUAUGUUUGUGUUGCUCUCAAGGGCAGAUCUGUCAUAAAUACACCAAGACAGAAAGUGAAACAAAGGGUCAUAUGAGUGAGGGAAAAAGCUGAAUUCAGUUCAAACAGUCACUACUCCUUGCUUUAAAACAGGAGUGUUUGUAAGAAGUAAUCUUUCUCUUACACACUCAGAAAUUUAGCUACAGCGACCUUGCUUAGGAGUACGACUAGCUGUUUGGUAAUGAUAGGUAACUUAAGCUAGAUAUUGCUGUGCAAAUGGUCCUCCUAAGACAGUUUUGUGUUUAGAACAGAGAGACCAACAAUGCUACAGCAUUUACAAUCAGGCAAACCUAUGAUUUAUGCAAAAACAAAAGGUUGUGGCAGCCAAAACAAUUUACAUGGCACUCAGACAACAAUGUCAGCAUUUGCAUUUCUCUCAUUUUCCUACUGAGGGCCUAGUUUUAUCAGUCACUCCCUGCUAUAACCUAUUUCACUUAAUAAUCUUCUACGAAAGCACUCUUUCAAUGUAUUUCACAUGAAUGUAGUUAGAGUUGAAUAUGUAUACCCUGUAAAUAAUUUCACACAUCUUCAGGAAGCUGUUGUCACAAUGGUGUUUUCAUCAUAUUUCACAAGAGGGCGUGCUGUUGCUAAAACCACCCCAUGCCAACAAUGACAACACAACCCUGUAGCUACAACACACAUCAUGUUUGAGUCUGCAAACAACCCAGCAUGCCUGCAGUGUAUUAAGGGCUACAUUUAUACUCGUGCAUCUGUGCAGCCCAUCCAGCUGUUCCUCAGUGCUCAGGAGUAAUGUCAUUACUAGAGCAGAGGAGGGGAGGCAGGGUGAAUGAAAAUGGCAUGUAUCCCAUUGAAGGCUCUCCCUCCCUCCCUGUCCCUUGGGGAUUAGUGGAGCAGCACUCCCCUCGACCACCUCACAGCUCACCCAGUAGCCCAGCAGCUGUUCUCUCCCUCAGCGAACUGGCGGCCAGGGCUGCUGGUGUGGGGGUGGACACGCAUGCAGCGUCUUUGUCGAGGCUGUGAUUUUUCCUCUCUGUCUCCCAAUUUAUCUUAUUUAAUAUUGUUUCAUGUGCAGAGAUGCUUCAUUGUCCCUGUUUCUUUGUGACUGCUGC